AUGGCGCGUCUCGGCCGCGUCGGGUUUCUGGCCCUCGCAGUGGUCUUCCACUUGAUCUAUACAUACUCAAUCUUCGAUAUCUACUUCGUGAGCCCUAUUGUGAGUGGCAUGCAAUCAUAUGGUGUCAAGCGACCCUCCGGAACCCCUGCCCCAGCCAAACGUCUUGUCCUAUUUGUCGCCGACGGCCUGCGCGCCGACAAGGCUUUCCAGGCUUUCCCUGACCCGUCCCCGGACGCCGAUCCAAACAACGACGAAUUGAUCCGUUUAUCGCCAUUCAUUCGCUCCAAAGUCCUCUCCCAUGGAACUUUUGGUGUCUCCCAUACCCGCGUACCCACCGAAUCCCGCCCUGGUCAUGUUGCGCUUAUCGCGGGCCUCUAUGAGGAUGUCUCCGCCGUCACUACCGGGUGGAAGUUGAACCCGGUCAACUUCGACAGUGUGUUCAACCAGAGCAGGCAUACAUGGAGCUGGGGAAGUCCUGAUAUUCUUCCUAUGUUCAAGGAGGGUGCGGUGCCUGGGAGGGUCGAUGCCGAGAUGUACAGUGAAGAGGCGGAGGAUUUCACCGUUGAUGCAACGCAUCUGGAUACCUGGGUGUUCGACAAGGUCCAUGGGCUCUUUGAGUCGGCUAAGACGGAUCCAGAAUUGGAUCGCAAGCUAAGGGACGACAAGCUUGUAUUCUUCCUCCACUUGCUUGGCUUGGACACUACCGGUCACUCGUUCCGGCCCUACUCGAACGAAUACCUGCACAAUAUCAAAGUGGUGGAUCGUGGAGUCCAGGCCGUUACCAAAUUGGUGGAUGAUUUCUACGGCGAUGACAAGACAGCUUUUGUCUUCACCGCUGACCAUGGCAUGAGUGACACCGGCAGCCACGGCGACGGUCAUCCAGACAACACAAGGACCCCGCUGGUUGCCUGGGGUUCUGGCGUCGCUCACCCACAGUACUCGACUAGCGGGAUUGCCACGGGCCAUGAGGAUGGGUUCUCGGCUGAUUGGGGUUUCGACCAGGUCCGCCGCCACGAUGUCGCACAGGCCGAUGUGGCCGCCCUCAUGGCAUACCUCGUUGGCUUGGACUUCCCUGUGAACUCAGUUGGGAAAUUGCCGCUGGAAUUCAUCAAUGCGAGCCCCCAGGAGAAGGCGCAGGCCGCUCUCGCCAAUACGCAGGGUGUUCUGGAGAUGUACCGCGUCAAAGAAGAGCAGAAGAGACAUGCCGUUAUCCGUUAUGUGCCUUAUGAGCCUCUGUCUGGGUUCCACGAGAACUCCAUUGAAGCUCGACUGGCAAGGAUUGAGGCGCUUAUCUCUAGUGGUGACCAUGACCAGGCUAUUUGGGUGUCUUCUGAGCUUCUUCGCGCUGCUCUUGAGGGACUGCGCUACCUGCAAACAUAUGACUGGUUAUUCCUACGUACUAUCGUUUCUGUUGGCUAUCUUGGCUGGAUCGCUUAUGCAUUGACUACGGUGAUUGACCUGCAUGUUCUGCAUGGAACAUCAGACACACACCGCACGACGGCGAGCAUCUCAUUCUUCUCUUCUAUCUUGGUUGCCCUAUUCUCAGUGUUCCUGUACCAGGGCUCGUCCUGGCGCUACUACUUCUAUGCGUUCUUCCCGGUUUACUUCUGGGAAGAAGUAUUUGCGCGUCGUAGGGCUUUGAUUGCAGGACGUGAGAUUGUAUUGGGCCAUGUGCGCUCUUUCACUGGAUAUCUCAAGUUUGGCCUUCAAUUCUUGGCUUUCCUUGGUGUGAUGGAAGCUAUGGUUCAGUCUUAUUUCCACCGGGAAAUUUUCACAGUGUGCUUUGCUUUGGGUGCAUUUUGGCCUGUGGUCCAUGGCUUUGGCUUCAUUCGCAGCCAUGCAACUCUUUCUGCGACCUGGGCUCUUGGCUGUGGGCUAAUGAGCUUGUUCACCCUUCUCCCGGUUAUCAAAGUUGAAAACAUUGAUACAAUUACUUAUGGCGGCUUGGCCAUGUUCCUUACCGGAGUCCUAUAUUUGCUGUUCGAGGAUGCUAUCAUUGGAUCCAGGGGACCAAAUGCAAUUGGUCGUGUCGGCUCACGCAUCAUCAUGGGAACUCAGCUUGGCCUGGUUCUCCUUGCUGUAGUUGUCACUAGAUCAUCUGUGUUCUCUCUUCAGGCUCGCCAGGGCCUGCCAUUCGGAAACCUCGUCGUUGGAUGGGUUGUCUUUGUGGCUUCCCUGACACUUCCAUUCUUCCACCGUCUUUACCCUAACAGCAACUAUCUCCACCGGCUCAUGAUCAUUUUCCUGACCUUCUCGCCGACAUUUAUCAUUCUCACAAUUUCAUGGGAGGGACUGUUCUACUUCGUUUUCUGCAUGACCAUUGUGUCAUGGGUUCGUCUCGAGCACGCUAUCUACGUCCACACCACAGGAUCCAAUGUGACCAAGCAGCAAAAUGCUGGCGACAGCUCUACAACACAGCCCGCGAACACCGGUUCAGCGAUCGUUGACGGGCAAACCUUUUACUACCGCGCCCUGACUCUGUCAGAUGUCCGCGUGGCACUUUUCUUCUUCUUCCUCUUGCAAUCCGCCUUCUUUAGCACCGGAAAUGUCGCCUCGAUCUCGACCUUCUCCCUCGACAGUGUUCGCCGACUGGUUCCAGUCUUCGAUCCCUUCGCUCAAGGUGCUCUCUUGAUCCUUCAAAUCCUCAUCCCCUUCGCUGUCAUCAGUGCCAACCUGGGAAUCCUCAACCGCCGUCUGGAGGUUCCUCCCAGCGCACUAUUCAUGGUCGUUAUGGCCAUCUCCGACAUCAUGACCCUCAAUUUCUUUUACAUGGUACGCGACGAAGGUUCAUGGCUUGAAAUUGGCAUGACAAUCUCGCACUUUUGUAUUGCAAGCGCCCUCUGCACUUUUGUGGCUGGCCUAGAGUUCCUUAGCGAGCUCUUUGUGAGUGGUGUGCAUUUCCCUGUGCUAACGGAUGUCGGGUCCGCAGUGGUCCAGACCAUUGACGACGCCACGGAAUGUGGCCACGAGGACCGCAAGGAACCGAAAAAGUCUCAGUCCAAUGGGGCCAAACAGUCCAAGUCCAAGCCCAAGGGACGAGGUAAGGGCAAAUCAGCACGCUAG